GACUGCACUAAUUAGGGUCACCAACCGGUCCUGCUGCUACGAGUCGCAUUCAUGAGUCUCCUAGAGCAUUUGUGUGACUGGCCAAAGUAUGAAAAGCUUGAAAGUUCAGAUUCUAAUAGCAGUCAAGUCUCGGAGCCAGCCGUUCGAUGUUGUCUUAUCUCGCGGCGCAUAGAGCGCUUCGUAUGGCUGUUUGUUGUCAUCUUGCUCAUCAUUUGCAAUAUCGUCUCGAUGCGAUCAACAAUCGGAACGCGGCGCGCACUGAAUGACACUUACGAGACGGGCUUCGCAACAGAUCUGAUUGCCGCCGUCCCUCAUAUCAGACUGAAGAACCUCGUAUAUACGGGCGGGGUCGAAAAGCAUCCUAAUGGCACAAUGUACUUGAAUCUCACAGGCUCAUCCGCACUUUACGUGGGAAAUCCAACACCAGAGCUAGAACGAAACUGGGACGAUUUAGAAGCUGCCAUAUCUGUUAUAUUGGACGACCGCGAAACCAGAUUGAAGAAUGGUAUGCCAGUCGGCACUAUGCAUGAGCCUGGCCAGCCAGGGAUGUUCCGCGUGAGUAUCGACGUCAUACACUCUCUUCAUUGUGUAAACCAGCUUCGAAAGGCCGUAUACGCAGACCAUUACUUCCCAGAAUCGCGGCGAAGCGAAUUUUUCUUCGUACAUAUGAAUCACUGUAUUGAGCAUAUACGCCAGGCCAUACAGUGCCAUUCAGAUCUGACGCCAUUGGUCUACGAGUGGGAUGAUGAGAAGAAAUCAGGCAGUCCUAUCUGGACAUCAGAACAUACCUGUCGCGACUUCGACCAACUACUAGCAUGGAAUAGAAAGAGAACUGGGAAGAGCUUGUUUGGCAAAGACGACUGACUGCUUGCGGAGCAAGAGUUCGCCGGCACAGGUACUAUGAUAAAUAGGGUCAAAAUGUUAUAGGAUAUAAGUAGUGUACACAACACCAACUUCGAGUUUUCUAGAAUAGGUGUAAUUUUAGCUCAAUAUAUACAAAUCCAUCCU